AUGAGUAAUAACGAACGGCGAAAAGACGGUUACGAACGUUUAACGAACAAUUUUGAGCGGUUCCUGAAUCAACAGCGGACGGUUCAGGAACGGUUGUCGGAUAGCUAUCGAACGAUGCAGGAUCGCUAUCAAACGACUCGGGAACGAUUGUCGGACGGUUAUCGAACGGUUGUAAAUCAAGUCAGGAAUAGUUACGAACGAUUGUCUGAUCGAUCGGUACCGGAAGACAAAGAAUCACUGCUGAAAGACGAUAGAAAGCAAAACAUCGGUAUGCGACCCGUCGACGUAACCCCUGCUGUGGCUGAAAGACUCUUGAAUAUGGUGUACAGCUCGAUAAAGAUUGCUGGCCGAGCGAAAUUUAAAGUCGGUGAUUCUGUACGCGUGAGCAAAUUCAAGACAGUAUUUGAAAAGGGUUACACACCGAAUUGGACAAUCGAGAUGUUUAAAAUUAUUAAAGUACAGCAUACCAAUCCCGUAACUUAUUUACUAGAGGAUUAUCGCGGAACAUCUAUAGUUGGAGUGUUAUACGAGUACGAGUUGCAUCGUGCGAUUCACCCGGACGUGUAUCUCGUGGAGAAAGUAUUGUGCAGAAAGGGUGACAAGGUUUACGUCAAGUGGUUGGGAUUCGAUGGAUCACAUAAUUCGUGGAUUCACAAAGACAAAGUCAUCUAA